UCAAACCCCACAAAAUAAUUUUUAUCUGUAUCUUCUUAAUAAGUUUAUAUGUUGUUCAACAGUAUCUACACCAGUAAACAAGUGUCUGGAUCCUCUUGCAGACGUCUGUUUCUACAGGUUUGGGGUUAGCUAUUUGCAUUGCAACCCUAGUUUUCUGAUGAGUUCAAGAAAAAUCGUAAUGUGCAUUUUUUAGCUUUUUUUCUUGUAAUGGUGAGAGAGAGAGAGAGAUGCCUUCUCCAGCUCUACAUCUCUGAGCUGAUGCCAGAAAAUCAUAUAAAUCUGGGAAUAAGCUCUUAAGGCUCUGUUUGUUUUCCAGCAUCUGUACCCCAGUUUACCAAUUCCCCCACGAUGGUGAUUAUGGUGGGUUUACCAGCUCGAGGCAAGACCUAUAUCUCCACAAAGCUCACAAGAUAUCUCAACUGGAUAGGAACACCAACUAAAGUGUUUAAUUUAGGCCAGUAUCGACGAGAAGCAGUGAGCUACAAGAACUACGAAUUCUUUCUCCCAGACAACAUGGAGGCCCUACUUAUCAGGAAGCAGUGUGCCAUGGCAGCUCUGAAGGAUGUCCAUAAUUACCUCAGCCAUGAGGAAGGUCACGUUGCGGUAUUUGAUGCUACCAACACUACCAGAGAACGACGGUCACUUAUUCUGCAGUUUGCUAAGGAACAUGGUUAUAAGGUCUUUUUCAUUGAGUCCAUUUGUAAUGACCCUGACAUAAUUGCAGAAAACAUCAAGGUAAAGGAGCACCAAUGAUUUUUCCUCCUUACUCUGUUUUAGGUUCGGAUCAUUCCUAAAAAGACCUCCCUGAACUUCUCCUCUCACUUGAAUAGGAAGCAUUCUUUGACCAUCCUGGUCCACAAUGAAUCUAUGAAAUCAGAUGAAGGCAGCAUAUAAAAAGCCCUUAGAAUGCAGCAAGCACCAAUUUAACUCAGUUUUUCACAACAAACUUGCAUGUUAGGAAUCAUUUCCAUGUCAGAGAGAGAAAACUGAGGCUCUAGGAGAAGUGAGUUGUUAAAGAUACAGCCAAAAGCUGGGCGCCAUUGUCUUGUGCUUGUAAUCCUAGCUUCUCAGAAGGUAGAGAUCAGGAGGAUCACAGUUUGAAGCCAACCCAGGCAAAUAGUUCACAAGACCCUAUCUU